AUGGCGGCCGCGGCGGCGACGGCACCCCGAGGGCUUGACUUCGUGAUCGCGAUUCCGAGCUAUCGCCGAGAGAACAUGAUCAAUGCCCGAUCUAUGACCCUCGCGCUGCUGGAGAGGCAGGGAAUCUCGCGGGACCUGGUGUACAUCUUCGUCGCCGACGCCGAUGAGCACGGAAGAUACACCGCCGAGCUGGGCGGCCGCUGGCCAAACAUCAUCACGGGGGUGCCUGGCCUCUGGCGCCAGAGAAACUUCAUCACGGACUUCUUCCCGGAGGGGCAGCACGUGGUGUCUCUCGAUGACGAUGUCGAAGAGAUCCUCAGAAUGCAUGGGAACCCAACAGUUCGUGCGGACGUUAAGCCCUUGCACGCUGGAGGACUCAUCGCCCUCAUCGAAGACGCAGGUCGAAAGAUGCGGCGCUUAGGAUUGUUCUUGUGGGCGCUCAACGUGAGCGACAAUCCUUAUUCAAACGCUCUGUGCACUCCGCCAGCCCAUCGUGUUUAA